UGUAAUGUCAAAACGAAGCUGAAUAUGUUUGCUGGCGCCGUAAAUAUUGUGUAGCGAUUUUGUUAAAUUAUAAUAAAAUAUUGUAUAAUUGUUAAUAAGACUGUUAAAUUCGAAUCAGAUUUAAAAGAUUGUGAAUUUCGUGAUCGAAGAUAUUAUAUACAAUAAUUAUAUAUCGAAAUGCCGUACGCAAAUCAACCAUCAGUACAUAUAACAGAAUUAACAGACGACAAUGUUAAAUUUGUCGUCGAAGAUACAGAGCUGAGCGUUGCCAACAGCAUGCGACGAGUUUUCAUAGCAGAAACGCCGACAAUGGCUAUUGACUGGGUUCAACUGGAAGCAAACUCAACAGUUCUAAGUGACGAAUUCCUCGCUCAUCGUAUUGGUUUAAUACCCCUGAUAUCUGAUGACGUCGUUGAUAAAAUACGUUACUCCAGGGACUGCAUGUGUGCAGAUUUCUGUACUGAAUGCAGUGUGGAAUUUACAUUGGAUGUAAAGUGCACUGGCGAUCAAACAAGACAUGUGACAACUGCUGAUUUAAAAUCUAGUGACCCACGAGUGGUGCCGGUCACUUCACGCCAUAGAGAUGAAGACCAGGCAGAUUAUGGUGAACUUGAUGAAAUCUUGAUUAUCAAGCUACGUAAGGGACAAGAAUUAAAGUUGCGAGCAUAUGCCAAAAAGGGGUUCGGAAAAGAGCAUGCCAAAUGGAAUCCAACAUCCGGUGUGUGUUUUGAGUAUGAUCCUGACAAUAUAAUGAGACAUACAUUAUACCCAAAGCCAGACGAGUGGCCGAAGAGUGAGCAUACAGAGCUGGAUGAGGAUCAGUACGAAGCUGAUUUCAACUGGGAAGCAAAACCAAAUAAAUUCUUCUAUAAUGUAGAAUCCUCAGGAGCAUUGAAACCGGAGAAUAUAGUGUUGAUGGGCAUUGUUGUAUUAAAAAAUAAACUUUUAAACUUACAAGUGCAACUAGCACAAGAAACACAAAACGAUGCUCUAGCUAUUAAUUAAUUAAAGUAAAUAAAAUAUUAUUUUUAUAAAUGAAA